AUUUGAAAGAAAAUCAAGUCUGGUGUAACAGUUAGUUUCAACUUUCAAUCUCCAAUUUAAAAGAAAAAGUUAAUUUGUAUGGUCUGUCUCCAGGAGAAGGAAAAUGAGAUACUUUCCCUAUCACCAAAAAGCAAAGGCACAAAAAAAAGUUAGUUGAAGUCCCAAUUUUCCAAUUUGAUUUUCCUCUGCAGAUUCAAUUCAUAGUUGAGCUCUCUCUAUCGAUUCAUUUGUUGCAUUUUCCGAGCUGAUUAGCUUUUGUUUUAUAUUAUAGCUCGUUGGUUGGGUGCACCAAAUCCUUAGCUUGAGAUUGAUUGCUGUGUUUGUUGGCAAUGGAAUGUGCCCCCAAUUCGUGAAGUUUGGUUUUUGAAGUGGUGCUGUUGUGGAGAUCCGGGAGUUGUUUCGUCUCUUAUGCCCCAUGAGGAGUUUCUUCCCUGCAGAAUCCUGUAAAGAGACGCAUCCAAAUGCUUUGAAUCCUCAGUCUUGGCUUCAAAUUGAAAGAGGGAAACUUCCCAAGUUGUCAUCGUACCCUUCCUCUGCCUCAAUAGAAUCUCUGGUCAAGGUCCCUCAGCCAGCUGUACGGCCUUUCUAUAAGCCUGCUGAUUAUGUGGAAGUUUUGGCGCAAAUCCAUGAAGAGCUCGAGUCUUGUCCUCCACAAGAGCGGUCGAAUCUGUUUUUGUUACAAUACCAGGUCUUUAGGGGCCUUGGGGAAGUUAAACUGAUGCGUAGAAGCCUUCAGGGAGCUUGGCAGAAAGCCAACACUGUUCAUGAGAAGAUUAUAUUUGGGGCAUGGUUGAAAUAUGAGAAGCAAGAGGAAGAACUAAUAGCCGACUUGCUUGCCAAUUGUGGUAAAUGUGCGAAGGAGUUUGCACCUGUAGAUAUAGCAUCUCAUCUUCCAUUUGAUGUAAAUGUAAGUUCUGUGGGGAGAAUGACCAAUGAGAACUGCAUUUCUCAAAAUGUUACUUUUACAAUUGGUGAUGAAGAGAUAGUUUGUGAUAGACAAAAAAUUUCUGAACUUUCGGCACCAUUUAAUGCUAUGCUAAAGGGGUAUUUCAGCGAAUCACGUGCUGAGACUAUAGAUUUGUCUGAAAAUAAUAUCUCUCCAUUUGGUAUGAAGGCAAUAAGUAUUUUCAGUUUGACUGGCGGUUUGAUUGAGGUCCCCCCAAAUCUUUUAUUGGAGAUAUUAGCUUUUGCAAAUAAGUAUUGUUGUGAAAGACUUAAAGAUGCUUGUGAUAGAAGACUUGCAUCCUUGGUUUCCUCCAAAGAAGAUGCUGUAGAGCUCAUGGAAUAUGCUCUUGAUGAGAAUUCAACUGUACUUGCUGCAUCCUGUUUACAAGUACUUUUGCGUGAUCUUCCAAACUGUUUGAAUGACAGUCGGGUAGUAGAGAUAUUUGUUCAUGCUAAUAAGCAGCAGCUAGCAGUAAUGGUUGGGCCAGGUAUAUUUGCACUUUUCUGUUUCUUAAGUGAAGUUUCUAUGAACCUUAAUUCUAGUUCCGACAAAACAGUUCAUAUCCUGGAACGGUUAGUUGAGUUUGCUGAGAAUGACAAACAGAGAAUCCUGGCUUUACAUCAAUUGGGAUGUGUAAGACUCUUACGGAAAGAAUAUGAUGAAGCACGUCUUCUUUUUGAAGGGGCCGUAAACGCAGGCCAUAUAUAUUCUGUGGCAGGUUUAGCUAGGCUUGACUUUAUAAAGGGCGACAAGUUUUUAUCUUAUGAGCUGCUGAGCUCGGUCAUUUCAUCUGUUACUCCACUUGGAUGGAUGUAUCAGGAAAGGUCAUUAUACUGUGACAGUGACAAAAGGUGGGAUGACCUUGAGAAAGCAAGUAAUUUGGAUCCUACACUUGCAUAUCCUUACAUGUACAGGGCUGCCUCUUUGAUGAGUACGCAGAAUGCUCAAGCUGCACUAGCAGAAAUCAAUAGGAUUCUUGGGUUCAAACUUUCACUAGAAUGCUUAGAAAUACGAUUUUUUACCCAUCUGACUCUUGAGGACUACAAAGCAGCUCUAUGUGAUGUUCAAACAAUUCUUACUUUACGUUCAGAUUAUAGAAUGUUUGAGGGACGUGUUGCUGCAUCCCAACUCUGCACACUUGUGCGUGAGCAUGUUGAACGUUGGACAACUGCUGAUUGUUGGGCUCGGUUAUAUGACUGUUGGUCUGCAGUUGAUGAUAUUGGGUCUCUGUCUGUUAUAUACCAGAUGCUUGAAUCUGAUGCGGCAAAAGGUAUUCUGUACUUCAGACAGUCAUUGCUUCUCCUCAGGUUGAACUGUCCUGAGGCUGCUAUGCGGAGUUUACAGUUAGCUCAGCAACAUGCAUCAAGCGAGCAUGAACGACUUGUAUAUGAGGGGUGGAUCUUAUAUGAUACAGGUCAUUAUGAGGAAGGACUCCAGAAAGCAGAGGAGUCUAUUAGUAUCAAAAGAUCUUUUGAGGCAUUUUUCCUGAAGGCCUAUGCAUUGGCUGACUCUAGCGUAGAUCCAUCAUGCUCACCGAUUGUUAUCUCACUUCUGGAAGAUGCCUUGAAGUGUCCUUCAGAUAAUCUGCGCAAAGGUCAGGUAUGGUUCUAUUGUACCACUUCUACAAAAUUAUUUCACUAGUUAGAAACUAUGAAGAGAAAUGGAAAAUUAUUAGAAACGAAUGAGAAAAAUGAACAAAUUUGUUGAGUAAUUGAGAACAGGAGAGAGGUGGUCUCUUGGAGGCUUUCCCCUUCAUAAAUGGUUUCUCCUUUAACACACAAAUUGUCAUAUUUACUUGACGAAUCCCUCUAAUCUGAUUUUAGCAACAACCACUUCUAACUAACUAAUGGACUAAUUGGCUAUCAAUUGCCCGUAUGCAGUCCUCUUUAUACAUUCUAGCAAUACAUCCCAAUUUACAUUUGUUUGCUAAAAGACUUCCAAUGGACUUAACUAUCAACUGACUCCCACUUUGGCUAUGUACUAACACUACUUUCUCUGCAUUUUGUGUU